GCUCAGAAUAAAUUUAAUACAACGGUUCGACCGAUCACACAUAAAAGAAUCUUGCAAUUAUAAUUUGUCAGGAAAAGGGAUCUCACAAUGCACACCCAACGACGUUUUGUGCUGUUCAUAUUUACAAUCUCUAACACUGGUGUAUGGACGAACAUAAUUCAGCUGACCCCGGCUCAGCUAAAUGUCAUUGAAAAUUCCAGUUCUAUACUUACAUGUUCAAAAACAAAUGCAGUGCUUAUAGAGUCGCGUUGGGAAAACUCUCAGAUUACUGGAGUCGCAAACGUAUAUAACCUAAACAAUCGAUGUAUCACAACGAGGUUUCUGAAUGACAGUGACUUAUUUAGCGGUGUAUGUAGCAGUAAUGGAACUUAUGCUGUGAUUCUUAAAAGAAUAGACCGUAGUCAACAUGGCGCUGAAUGGAUAUGUUCGGAGACUUUUAAUCAAAGAAGUAAUAAAGUCGUAAUUCAAGUAUCAGUUCCUGCGACAAAUGUGAUAUUGAAUCAUACAAGUGACGGAUAUAUGAAGGAAAAUAUUACAGAAAAAAUCACAUGCAAAACUUCGGCAUCUCGACCGGCUCCAAGAAUACAAUGGUAUCUUCGUAAUAGUAAAAUCGAAGUUGUAGAUAAUCUGACACUUUUCUCUUCUACAACCUACGUUGGUGCAAAAUAUGAUCUUAUGGCUGCUGAGAGUAUACUGGAAUUUAGGCCAAAUAGAACUGUAAAUAAUCUACGUCUGUACUGUGAAGUGUGGACAGGAAUGAAUAAUGCUGAUAUAACAAGCAGAGAAGUCUUUUUAAAUAUUUCAUAUCCCCCGACACAAUAUCCUAUGAUACAUGACUUUGACAUUAGUAAAGCUUUGCGUGUCAUUGAGUCAGACACGGGUAUGUUUAUUUGUUCAGUGACCGGUGGAAACCCUCUUCCUUCGUUGGACUGGGACUGUUUCGGCAGUAAAGACACAACAUCAAGUACUCAAGAUAAGACUGUAACAAGCACAGUAAAAUGGAUGGCUGUACGGAAUUAUAGUGUAUGUUCUUGCAUGUCACAUCAAAUGAACAACUGGAGAAGAACAACUCCUAUCGAUAUUGAUGUACAAUAUCCUCCGAGCAAACCUUAUUUAAGGAUCAAACAAACAACAGUAUUUGGUAAUGUUAGUGUUAUUAAAAACAACACAUUACUUAUGGAAUGCAAUAGCAACAGUAAUCCUUUACCUAACUACACAUGGACUGGCCCAGGCAUGUCUAAGAAAGGUGAUACGUUAGUAAUUGUAAGCGUCCAAAAAAGUGAUCAGGGUUAUUAUGAAUGCAAGGCGUCGAAUAGAAUGACCAGAACGAAUAAUUCUUACAAAGACGGGAGACAUUCAUCAUCAGUCAAUCUAAUAAUACUGUAUCCUGCAAGCGAUCCAAAGUUUAGAUUCGAAAACUCUAGUGGACAGCUCAUUCAAUCAAAUAUAGUUUACGUAGUAAGAAAUGAUACGUUUUCCAUUUACUGCGAUGUCAAUGGAAAUCCUGACCCAAACAUCAUAUGGGAUGAUAACAAAAACAAUCCGAGUUUGAGUAUAUCUAACAUCCAAUUGGACAAAAAUAGUACAUGCAGAGCAACAAAUGUAAUGAAAGAAACUGCAAGUCAAAAUGAAAUAAAUUCGAAAUCGGAAGCAUCUCUUUCAAUUAUUGUCUUUUAUCCUCCAAGUCUUCCUACAAUACACGUCUCAAACUAUACUGGUGACAAUGUUCAAGUUCAAAACGAAAUUGUCAGUAUUAUUGAAUCAGAAACAAUCAAUGUGACAUGUUUUUCGAAAAGUAAACCAUUACCAACUUAUAAAUGGAUAAAUGAGCAAUCCUUUAAAACACAGUCUACAAACAUUUUGAAAUUUUUGAAUAUCAGUCGACACGAAAGUGGGACAUAUGUUUGCAACGUUGAAAAUAUUAUGGAGAGAUCAAUUGGCAGAAUUCAAGUAGGGAAAAGUAACUCAAAAAUAAUUUUAAACAUAUUAUAUCCAGCUAUUGUGAAUGCUAUAUAUGAUAUUAGUGUUGUUGAAGGAUCGUCCUUUGAAAUAUUAUGUCCGAUAGUAUAUGGAAAUCCUUCAAACUCUACAAUUGCAUGGUCCAGAUUUAAUGACAAAAAUCGAUGGAACAACAUACAGCUAUCUUUCAAGAACGUUUCAAGAGAAGACGAUGGAAACUACACCUGUAGUGUAAUAACUGAAAUGCAUCCUACAAUCGGUAGUUCUUCAGAAAUUGAAAGAAGAAAAUAUUUUCAUCUAAAUGUUUUCUUUCCAUCAGAAAUAAAGCAAUUUACGAUAUCCACGGUAGGCUCAGGUCGAACCUUUGUAGUAAACGAAAAUCAAAACCUACCGUUUGAAUGCUUUGCUGAAGCCAAUCCUACAUCAGAUUUAAAAAUAAUGUCACCAAUGGGUGAUUACAUUAUUGAAGUAUCACAGUCAAAUAUUGCUCGUCAUAUAUUACGUAAUGCAUCAUUUCAAGAUGCCGGAGAAUAUAUUUGUAGCGGAAGAAACAACUACACACGAGGCACACCAUCACAGAAAAAGCUUAUUCUAAUCGUUAAAAGUCGACCAAGACCAUCCUCUGGCGACACAAGUGCUAUGAAAGUGGCAACAGUUCUGAACGUUGAUGUAACACUACUAUUUAAAGCUUGGAAUUAUCUUGAUGAACCAAACAAAACAAUGUUCAGUUGGUUCAAGGAAAAUGUUUCCAUUCCUAAUAAUGACAAUAAAUACACGGUACAUUCAAAUGAUUUACAAACAAAUAUUACUAUAAGGAACACAACUCAACAAGAUUUAGGGUUUUAUAAAGUAAAUGUUGAAAAUUCAGCUGGAGUGUAUACUCACUAUUAUGAACUGAAAGCCACAGAUAAACCAGAGAGACCAAGGGACUUUCGUGUAAUAAACGACUCAGUUACAGAUACAUCGGUAACAUUAGCAUGGAGUCCUGGUUUUAAUGGAGGAUUUCAACAAACAUUUGUAAUAAUCUACAAAAUGAUGCAAGAACAUGUAUGGUUGAACAAAUCAAUAAAAGAUAACGGUGAUAUCUUUAUGAUUUAUACUUUAAAUGACCUUUCCAGUCUGCAAGUGUAUGCAAUUGAAAUGUUUGCAAAGAACAUGGAAGGAAAUUCAUUUCACACAGAACGUCUUCAUUUUAAAACUAAAGCAAGCCAUAAGAAGACGAAGGAAGCCAUGCAAUCUUCAAACACUGGGGCAUUUGUUGGUGUUGGUGUCGGUGCAUCUGUUAUUACACUCGCAGUUGUUGCUGUGUCCUUUUUCGGAUACAAACGAUUCAAGAAUAUAAAAUCUUCAAGUCAUGGAAGUCCCAAACCAGGUGUUACUGCCGGAAGCCAUGCCUCAUCAACAUACAUGGAUUUGGAAACAAGCAGGAGAGAUAUUAAUGAUUAUGAUGAUUUCAAUGUACAAUAUGAACAUUUGAACACUUCAAGCCGGGAGCCAAAUACAUACAUGGAGUUACACAAUACAACUGUCCCCAUUACUGAAACUUCCGACUACGCUACACGCACCAGCCAUUUUUCCACCUGUUCUAGGUCAGGUUCAGAUUCAGAAUUCUUCCCUUGAGCGCUACAUUCAACGAAGUCCACCUGCAUGGGUUUAAGAUCAGCAAAUGUAAAAUCUCUGUCCCUCUU